AUUCGAGGUCUUUUCAAAUAAGCCCGUCUGCCCGUCUCUCGAUUCUUUGACGCCGCGGGCCCUUUAAAUGGUCCGGCCCGGAGCAGCGGUGCCUCGCCCAGACAAUCGUGAGCGGGGUGACGUGUGGGGAAGGGAGAGGGCGAAGCGCUCCAGCGGCACCCGCGCGGUGCCAUGUUUGUUUUGGGCAGCCCUAACAUCGCACCUUCGUAACCGGCUCCGUUUCCAGUUAAACUGCCCAUGGAGCCCCAGGCAAGGUUCCUCCGAAGGGCGGGAGCCACCGUCCUGGUGGCCCGUGCCUUCGAUUGCGUGCGGCGACUGCUGUCGGACCAGCCGCAGCACACCCAAUGGCACUUCCGGGCGGAAAAGCUGCCGGGGAGACGGGUUGCGUCACGCCGAAAAACGCCCGGGUGGAAACAUUUCCCGGAAGUGAAAAGAAGGCCCCGGACUGUGGGCGUUCGUCCUCGCCGGAACGGCAGCAGUGGCGCGGGCUUCCGCGGGCUUCCUACCUCUCGGGGAGGCCGGGGAGCGGGGUUGGCGGCCGAGGGCUUGUCCUUGGGGCGGGGAGCUCUCGCUGAGGCCCGGGAAAGGCCCCGGCGUUUCUCCGCGGCUGCCUCGCUGACGAGGGUCGGGGAACCGCGCAGAGCCCCCGCCGUGCCAAGGAAGCCUGUCGUGCUCUCUGCGCACGUGUGUGUGCAUUCAGCAGCCCGGAAAGGGUGUUAAGAGCUGCGAACGUGACUGUUCCGAGUGCGCCCUCCUGUAUGGGGCGCUGCCCCGAACCUGCACCGCUGAGGAGCGCAGGGAGUCGCCACGUGUUUCUUCCUCGUAGCAAUGAAGAUUUGCCGCCAUGGAUGCUGCUGUGACUGGAUUCUUCUGUCGGCGGUUGUGGCCUAGCAGUCCCCGCCCUGUCGCGUUGCCAGUGCCAAGAGGAGCCAGAUAGUUCUCAGCUAGCAGCGGGCCGAAGCUGCCGAGCGACUGCCUCCUUGCCCUCUGUCCAUGUACUUCAGUGCUUUGGUGCCUCCAGAGCUGGCUUGGAGAUGUGGAAGUUGCCGGUCAUCCCGCUGUUGAUCAACUUCUGUGGCUCCGUUUUGGGCUUUGUAGCGACUCUGAUACUCAUUCCAGCCUUCAAGGACCACUUCAUUGCAGCCAAGCUUUUUGGGAUUGACUUGAACAAGACCUCCAAGCAACCCAUCCCAGAGUCCCAAGGCGUCAUUAGCGGGGCGGUCUUUCUGAUCAUCCUGUUCUGCUUUAUUCCGGUGCCCUUCUUGAGCUGCUUUGUGGAGGAGCAGUGCAAAGCAUUCCCACACCAUGAGUUUGUGGCACUGAUCGGCUCCCUCCUUGCCAUCUGCUGCAUGAUUUUCCUGGGCUUUGCGGAUGACGUCCUCAACUUGCGCUGGCGUCACAAGCUACUUCUGCCCACCAUGGCCUCCUUGCCCCUCCUCAUGGUCUACUUCACCAACUUUGGAAACACCACGGUCGUGGUGCCCAAGCCCUUCCGGAUGCUGCUGGGCAUGCACCUGGACCUGGGCAUCUUGUACUACGUGUACAUGGGCAUGCUGGCUGUGUUCUGCACCAACGCAAUCAACAUUCUGGCCGGGAUUAAUGGUCUGGAGGCGGGGCAGGCCUUGGUCAUCGCUGCCUCGAUUGCCACCUUCAACAUCGUGGAGCUCAGUGGGGAUUACAGGGAUGACCACAUUUUCUCCCUCUACUUCAUGGUUCCCUUUUUCUUCACCACACUGGGGCUGCUGUAUCACAACUGGUACCCUUCCCGCGUGUUUGUGGGCGACACGUUCUGCUACUUUGCUGGCAUGACCUUUGCCGUGGUGGGAAUCCUUGGGCAUUUCAGCAAAACCAUGCUGCUCUUCUUCAUCCCCCAAGUGCUCAACUUCCUCUACUCGCUGCCUCAGCUCUUCCACAUCAUCCCUUGCCCACGCCAUCGGCUACCCAGAUUCAAUGCUGACACAGGAAAGCUGGAGAUGAGCUAUUCGAGGUUCAAGCCCAAGAGCCUUUCUCCCUUUGGAGCCUGUAUUCUCAAGGUAUGCAAGAGACUCCAUCUGGUUGACGUGCGUCAAAGAAUGGACAAAGAUGGCGAAUACAUAGAAUGCAAUAACAUGACUCUCAUCAACUUCGUGAUCAAACUCAUAGGACCAACCCCUGAGAGGUCCCUGACUGUCCUGCUGCUGCUGAUGCAGGUUACGGGGAGCAUCAUUGCCUUUUCCAUCCGGUACCAGCUUGUGCGCCUGUUCUACGACGUCUGAGCCACGCUCGUGGUGUCUGCCCCGGCCCCAGCACUUGGCUUGCUUCCCACGUGGUCCAAAGCUGCACUUGGCCUGCAGUGGCCCGUGUCUCUCUCUGGAAGACCUGGGCAAGGGCCUUGUUGGCAUGCACAGGUGUCCAGGCCCAGGGUGGGCUGGCUGGGGUUGUCCACAGCGUGCUCUUUCUGCUGUUGUCACCGGAGCUGCCUGUGUGGCUGCUGCACUGACAGAAGUGGAAAGACCCCGGUUGCCUGGCUGAUAUUUUCUGUCUUCUGGUGGGGCGCUGUGCUGCCGCUGUCUGGAGAGACGGGGAAGCAGGACGGAGUUCCCCUUACUGAGCGGUUCCCUCUUCCUCAUUGUCUCACGCACUUAAGAUCCCUGUUAGAGUAAAUGCAAGGUUCAUGGUGGUUCUGGGGUUUUGGUCCUGUGCUGGCAACCGGUUCUGUGAAUGUGGCAAGGAAGCAAAGUUCCCCUCAGGUUUGCUAAGAGUAGCUCCUUGGCAAGGUGCUCCUGAACCAAAGCACUGGGGAGAAGAGAGAAUGGGCUGUGUAGAUACUGUCCCUUUCCCGGGUCCCUGUGCUGCUGCUCCUUCUGCAGGACAGCGUCGUCCUCCCUUUUGUCUGUCAUGGUUGGGAUGGGAAGCCCAAAGAGCAACGGUCAGCAUGGUUGCUGCAGCAGGAGGCCUACUGGGUUUCGCACAAUUUGCUUCAUCUAGAACCCGCUUGAGAUCCUGCGCUCAACCUGGGCAGGUUGCUGCCUCCAGCCCGCCAAUUCCCCAUCGCCUCUGCAUGUACUCCGACAGGGACUGAUUUGGUGGUGCUCUUCUAUACCACUAUCUCACGCAUACAGGAUGAAUGGCAGGAGAGCUGUCCUGAGCAGUAAAGGCCCACCAGCCAGCUCACUUGGAGGGUGGGGGGAGGUUAAAAACUUAAGUAACACUAUCCUUUGAUCAGGAGGGCGGGACAAAUGAGCCUUUAUAAUAAAGCCAUGAAGGAAUGGAA